UAUAUUAACUGACUUCUUGGUCUCUCUCUCUCUCUCUCUCUUUUUCAUUAUGCACAGAUCAAACAACUGUGAUCCCUUCCCAAUCAAGAAACUCUGGAGUCCUGAUUAAAGAUGGCCUCCAACAAGCCUGUAGAAAGUUGGAACCAAACAAGUGUCACAGAGUUUGUCCUCACGGGAUUCUCUGUUAACCCAGAGAACUGGACUCUUCUCUUUGUUACAGCCUUGUUAGUCUAUCUGUUAACUUUGGCAGGGAAUCUAACUAUUAUUGCAUUGAUCUGGAUAGACAAAUGUCUUCAGACUCCCAUGUACUUUUUCUUGGGCAACCUCUCUUUUGUUGAGAUUUGCUACACUUCCACUACAGUUCCUAAGAUGUUAUGGAACCUUUUGUCAAAGGAAAAAACCAUCUCAUUUAUAGGAUGUGCACUCCAGAUGUAUUUCUUUGUUACUUUAGGAGGAACAGAGUGUGUGCUCCUCUCAGCCAUGGCAUAUGAUCGUUAUGCAGCUAUCUGCCAUCCACUAAGCUACACCCGGCUCAUCAACCAGCAAAUGCGUAGAGGGUUACUGGCAGGUUCAUGGGCUAUUGGAAACUUCAAUUCCAUUGUUAAUACAGCAAUGGUCUUUUCCUUGUCCUACUGCAAUUCCAAUGAAAUCAAUCACUUCUUUUGUGACAUUCCUCCCCUUUUACGCAUCUCUUGCUCUGACACCUUUGUCAGUCAGUUGGUGACCUUCACUAUCUCUGGAUGUGUUAUCAUUGUUCCAUUCUGCCUGACACUUCUCUCCUACAUCCUCAUAGUUUUCACAGUACUUAAAAUCCACACGGUUCAUGGCAGGAUGAAGGCUUUCUCCACCUGUGCUUCCCAUCUCACUGUGGUGAGCAUCUUCUUUGGCACUAUCAUUUACACUUACAUACGCCCAUCUUCUGUUCAUUCUAUAAAAGAAGACCACCACGUUUCUGUGCUUUAUGCCAUAAUUACUCCAAUGCUAAACCCCCUGAUCUAUAGCCUCAGGAAUAAAGAAGUUCAGGGAGCACUUCAGAGAGUUCUGAAGAAGAACAGAUAAUUAUGAAAUUUAGAC